AAUUGGCCAAAGCAGCUGCAGUGUUCAUUCAUUCUUUUCAGGACCCUGGGAGCAAUAGCAUUGUAAGCUAGCUUUAUUAUAAACUGUACGAAUAGUUCAAAUGUCACGUUUAAAGUUUUAAAAUAGGAAUGGGACAAACGUGAAAAUCACUGUGCCCAGCAGACAACAAUCGUGGGACGAGUAGCGACGUGGUGGCUUUAGAAUAAGUGAAAGCAUCAUGUGGUGGGACUGGUGUUUCCUGCCUGCACUAGUGCUGCUCUCUGAGCUCUCUACUGUCAUGGUCCAGACAGCACCAUGCCAGACCUGUCGAAAACUCACUGACAGCUUUAUUCAGGGCUUGGAGAGGACAGCCAAUAAAAAUUUUGGUGGUGGCAAUACUGCUUGGGAGGAGGAGAAACUGGCCAAAUAUGCACGCAGUGAGACACGAUUGCUGGAGAUUGUAGAAGCUGCGUGUGAGAAGACAGAUUUUGAAUGUAAUAAGCUGCUGGAGCAGAUAGAAGACCAGGUCGAGACUUGGUGGUUUCACAGGCAAGAGGAGGCACCAGAUCUGUUUGAAUGGCUCUGCAUAGAACAGCUAAGACUGUGUUGUCCACCAGGCCACUUUGGACCUGAUUGUAAAGAGUGUCCAUCUGGCCCUGGUGGUAUCUGUGGUGGCCUGGGGCGCUGUGAGGGGGAGGGAACUCGUCUCGGAGAUGGAGACUGUGUGUGUGACCCUGGAUACUCAGGCCAUCUGUGCCAGAGCUGUGCUGAUGGUUAUUAUAGAGAGAAGAGUUCAAAUAACAGUGUAGGAGCCUGUGCAGCUUGUUUUCACUCAUGUAAGAAAUGCUCUGGACCUCAGGAUUAUAAAUGUCUUGAUUGUAAGCCGGGAUGGAUUCUUCAUGACAAUAAGUGUGUAGAUGUUGAUGAAUGUGGAACCGAGUUGGCUCGUUGCCCCACUAACACCUAUUGCCAUAACACUGAGGGAUCAUAUGAUUGCAGAGGUUGUGACCAGGCAUGUGUUGGCUGCAUGGGUAGUGGCCCUGCACGCUGUAAAAAAUGUGCACGUGGUUACAGACUGAAGGGUGCCAAAUGUCUCGAUAUAGAUGAAUGUAGUGAGCGUGCCAUAGCAUGCCCCGGGCUAAACGAGGCCUGUAUUAAUGAAGAGGGAUCCUUCCACUGUGAAUGUGCUGAUGGCUUCAUUAGAAGAGACAGCAUUUGUGUUGAGAACAAGCCCACAACCGAUCCAGACAAGGGUCUCUUUGAUGACAUGACUGAUGAUGAGGUGCAGGUGCUGCAGCAGAUGUUCUUUGGAGUAGUCAUAUGUGCACUGGCUACUCUGGCUGCCAAAGGAGACAUGGUUUUCACUGCCAUAUUCAUUGGAGGAGUUGCUGCUAUGGCUGGAUACUGGCUUACAGAAAAGGGAGACUAUAUGCUGGAUGGAUUCUUAAAGGGACGGUAGACUGUCUGAAUAUGAAAGAUAAAGACUCAAACAAAUACUGCUGAUGAAUGCGAAAAAGACAGCAUCUUGGCAUGGCGUUAUCUCUGCAAUGCUUUUUUUAUUAUGCAGGGAUUCAUUUAGGGUUCACUCAAAAGGGCUUGGAUUGUAUUUAUAAAUGGAAAUUCUUGGGUAAAGAGAAACUUGAAGGCUGUCAAGCCACUGUAUGUAUGUAUUUAUAAGAAAAUUAAGAUGCACUGCACUGUUGUAGUUGAUGAUGUACCUUAAUGUUUUUCGGUGAUUCCAAACUUUUAUCAAUUUUUAGUUUGCGACUUUGAUGCAACUUUUCCAAGACUCCCUUUUUCAUUUCAAGCCAUCACUGAAAUCUUUUAUCUCUCUAGUUUUGAGCCUUAGCUGUUUAUGUUACUUUAUAAAAAGAAAUCUUUGUCUAGUUGCAUGAAUUACUGUUUGAACUUUAAAAAAAAAAAUACAUGUUUUGUUUUACAAAAUGCACUGGCAUGAUGAAGACUUAUCACAGACAAACUGAGGAAUUGUUAACAAGGUUUAGUACAACCAGAAAACACCAGCUCCAAGCUCAACACUGGAAUCAUGUUUUGUUGCCUUUUAUUUAAUCUAGAUGCAAUAUUU